ACAACACGGGUAGAAAAAGCGAAAGCGGAUGGAGGUGUGUGAAAGCUCCUGGGACCUUCAAGGAGAGUACUGAUCUCUGAGCUUCAAGAAGUGCAACAGCUGUAACAGUUAACAGAUAACAGGUAGACAAACAGUUUGGAUGCCGAAGCAUCCGGUAUUUCGUUCAGGAUUUGGAUGAAUAUGUGUAUAUGAAGGUAUUUCAGCAGGCUUUGAGAUAAGUGACACCAUAGCGAAGUGGAAACAUGGCGGAAUCGGGAGUUCCCCCAGCCAAGGCAUCACAGAGUAGCCGCUCGGUCUGUGUCUUUGACUGUCGCCCCCAGAGUAAGGAGGCUACUAAAAAGAUGCUGAACAUCGGCGGCAUGAACUACAAACAGUUCCUGUCUGCUGUGCGGAAGGAAUUUUGUAUCUCAGGAAAUGAACGUUUUGUGAUCACUACGACAGAUCGCAGGGAGAUUGUUUCAAAGAUUUAUGAUGAAUUACCAGAUGGAAAAACUUUACACCUGCUACAGUCAGUGGAUCAGGAGUUGGCUGUGGCGACUGAAGAAACAAUCAAGUAUGUUCCCCAUUUCCACACCAUUGUGCAGAGUGGACAGUAUGAGUACUAUGCCAGUGAAGGACAGAAGGCACUGCCCUAUGCCUUUGCUGAGCUUAUCGAUAAUGCCCUUUCUGCAACCUCGUGUAAUUCUGGAACCAGGAGCAUCGACAUAAGAUUGUUUUUUGAUGAGUCUCAAGGUGGACCAGCUGUAGUAGUGAUGGAUAAUGGACGUGGAAUGACCUCCAAAGAGUUGAAUAACUGGGCAGUUUAUCGCCUUUCCAAAUUCAAUCGAGACAACCGCACAUUUAGGAGUGAUGAAUCAAGAUAUGUGCCUCCCAGUGCAGUCCCUCGCAGUCUGAACAGUGACAUCUCCUACUUCGGUGUUGGAGGCAAACAGGCCGUGUUUUAUAUAGGCCAGUGUGUACGGAUCAUAAGUAAACCAGUUGGCUCUCCAGAUGUACACGAGUUUGUCAUGUCUAAAGAAGACUUUGAGCAGAAAGAGAAAAGCAACAAAGAAAUUUAUUCUGGCAUCAUCCGGAACAGAAAGCCAGGAGAUGCCUCUCAUUUGAGAAUGGAUGAGGAUCGUUUCCUGCAAACUCUGGCUCUGGAAGAGAAAGACAAGGAGAGUUUUACCACUAUAGUCAUAACUGCAGUCCAGCCAGAACAUGUUGCAUACCUUAAACAGGAUUUCAUGUCAUGGACCAGAGAGCUGGCGCACAUCUAUCAUUACUAUGUACAUGGUGUACAGGGAAAUGUCAUGGGAGACAAACAAAACACUGAAAACAUAUCAAACAUCGAAAUUCAGAUCUGUUUAAUUGACCGGCACCCUCGCAUUCCAAAGAUGCUGAAUCUAAGAGAGAUCGAUAAUGACAUGCAGACUCUUUAUAUAAACUCCAGUGUGGCAGAGUUUGAGUUUAAAGCCACUAGAGAAGGAGAUGCCAAAGUAGAGGGUGUGAUUAGAUAUCAUCCCUUCCUGUUUGAUAGAGAAACCUAUCCAGAGGACCCAUAUGCACUUAAACCAGCUCCAGAGAGUGACGAAGAUUGUUUUGUUUUCCAUGCUGAGGGCCGAGGGAAAAGACCCAUCUUUGAAUGCUUUUGGAAUGGACGAUUAAUUCCUUAUUCUUCUGUGGAUGAGUUUGACUGGUGUGCAAGAUCCAAGAAAUCUGGUUCAUUACCAAUAGAAUGUUAUAACAGGAUCUCGGGCGUUCUCUUCACUAAUGACCGCUUUAAAGUCAGCACCAACAAACUCACAUUUAUGGAUCUGGAAUUACAGCUACGUGACAAAGAUACCAUAUUUACAAGAGUUCUCAAUGGUCAGGAGCAAAGAGUGAAGAUCAACCGAGAGUUCACAAAUUGGUUGAAAGACUGCCAUGAAAAACAUGAUAAACAGGUCAGGUUCCUUGGUUUCCAAGGUACAACGUCUCGGCCAGAUAUACAACCUAAACGUCUGCAGUCACCAUGGGCUCAGUACAGAGCCAUUGAGUGGGAUGGUAAGACCUACGAAAGUGGACAGCAGGUGAAGACAAUGAAAACUCAGCCUAUUCUUUAUGGCACAAUACAGCAUUUUUUGCUCUAUGGGGACCAUGAAGGCGAUGUCUAUGCCACUGGGGGGCAUGUCAAAAUUACACUGGAACCUAAGGAGUUGUACAAUGAGGAUAAGUUCAUCCCCAUUAAUAAGAUAGACAGACAGGCUAAAGAUGCUGACAUCAGGGAAAGCAUUGACAGUGAUCUAGCCAAACUUCCUGAUAAGUUGAAUGUCACAUGGCCAGAGGGGAACCCAUGGCCUGAGAAAACUAUCCAACCAGCUGGGACUCCCAUGGGUCCAAUCAAAGUUGAGAUUUUGAAUAAACUAAGGGAGAAUAUGUCACGAUUGCCUGUAUCCAAUGUUAAUGCCAAGAAAUUACAGAUUGAGCUUAAAGUAGUCUGGCACUCUGCGAAUGGGGACACUGAAACCAGCUAUCACAUUUGUGGGCACUCUAAGUGGGAGUACUGGUUCAGAAAAAUUGAAAAUUUAACAAAGCUGGGAACCUACACGCUUCAUUUGCAAACACUCCUGAGUGACGGUGAUUCCACAACGACUGAGUGGGCUGGAAGACGACUACCUGAUUAUACACUCAACUUCAGUAUUAAAGAAAGCAGUGCAGCAGCGUUCGUGGUGGGUGUUUUUCCUUCUGUUCAGGUGGGAGUACCCUUCACUUUGCCUCUGAAAUUUACAGAUGCAUUUAAUCAUCCAACUCAGCCACCUUCUGGCAUCAAACCCCAGCUAGAGUGCAGUUCACUGAAACUGAGCUAUGAAAAGACAAAUGCAAGUGAAACUACUUUCACCAUACAAGACCUGAGAGCCAUAGGUAAAACAACCAUCAAUCCAGAGAAGGUACACACUGUAAAAGUAACGAUCCCAGGCCUCAACCCAGAAUCCCAGACUUUCCAAAUUAAUGUCCGUCCAGGCCCUCCACAUCAGCUGGUGGUGAAGCCUAAGGAUGAAAUUACCAUCGAGAAUGGCACAGCCGCAGAAUUCAAAGUAGAAGUCCAGGAUGAGUUCCAUAAUAUCACAACGCACUCAAAACUCAUUGUCCGCUGCCAGUUAUACGGAGUCUCUGAUUUGCCAGCUGACACUGCUGACUGCAGUAACUCUGGAACUGGUGUGCUGCUAGCAAAACCGAUACGCCUGAAGAACGUCACCACGGAACGUGUCCUCACUGCAAAAUUUGGCAUUCCUAAUCAGAAGGCUGUGGCUUGUGUGGAGAGAACCAUUCGUCUUUUGCCAAGCAGCUGUGUCUUCCGCAUAGAGGUCUACAGGCAGGAGGAUGAUUCAGAUGAUGUCAUGGUGCUUCAGAAUAAGGAGCAUAUUGACUGGACGGCAGGUGACCGCAUCGAGAGUCUGCGCUUUAGACUCUUUGAUGAAGGGGAGAGGCAGGUGGCUUUAACACAGAAAAUUGCCCAAAAUGUGAAGGUGAACUGGGCCGCAGAUUUAAAAGUGGCAGAAUUGGUAAAGGGAAGACUGCCGUGUGUCUCUGUGCCCACAAAAGCACAUGGAGAACAGUUUUGUCAGGUGUCAUUUCAGGAUCAGCACACGGUCGACUCGUCCUUUACCAUAAUCCCACGGCCGGAUGAGCCUGAAAGGUUGAAGGUUACUCUCAGUGAGGCAACUGUCAGGAUGGGAGAAACUCUCACUGGAAAUAUUGAUGUGGUUGAUCAGUAUGGCAAUAAGACAGAUGUUCUAAGUGAUGAAAGCUUGAAGGCAAUCAGUGUGUCUGCAAAAAACCUUGAUGAAUCAGCCUUGGCUUUCAACUGGGAGACCAGUACAGGGUCAGUGGUGGUGACUGGCAUUCGCUUUGCAGAAGGCUCUCCUGGUUCACGGGAAGUAUGUUUUAAGUACCAGAAUUUUGAAGAGUUUGUGAGGGUAAAAGUCACUGCUGGACCACCAGCAACAAUCACUCUGCUGUCAGCACCAGAACUGCCUGUACAUGUGGUAAAUGGACAUGGUUUGAACACUCCAUUCGUGCUGCAGUUGUGUGAUGAUUGGGGAAAUCCUGUUCCAGAUCAGCGUGUUAUAAUAACAAUAAAAAUCUUGUCACCACAACUCAAGGUGAAAUCUUCGGUGAUGUCCCAGCCUGUCGAUAGAGAUGGAAAGGCCAGGUUCAUACUGGAGACCAUAAUAGCGACAACAGGAGAGCAUGAGCUGGAGUUCAGAGGCUCCUACAGUAGAAGCAAUAUUUCUGGCCCAGUUGUGAAGCUGUGUGUGAAGCCUGAUCCAAACAACCCUGUUAAGCUUACUGUAGAAUAUGACAAUGAAGCCAUAUUAAGAGCCGGAGAUAUUUUCCCGGUGUUCAAAGUAACUGUGCUCUCUGAAGAGGGUGGACCUAUGAAGAAUGUGAGUCCAUCUAGUCUGUCCAUGCUUCUGUGGCAAGGCUUGGCUUCAGGAUCCCGUCCUCCACCUAGAGCAACGGCGCUUAAAUGUAGUAAAGCCAAAAACAAUGAAAAUGGUGACCACUUCUACUUCAGAGAUAAAGAGAUCCCUCUCCAAGUGGGAAAGUACAUGGUACAGUUUAUUUAUGCUGUAGAAAAAGGCAAGUCCAUCUGGAGCAGUCAGAUUGCUCUGAAUAUUGUUGCCAAUAAGCCAGUCAAACUCGUCCCAGACUCUCCUGCUUCAACUCCUGUGGUCUCCAACAGCAGCACUCUGGCAGAUCGCACUCUUCUUGAAAUGCUACGCUUGAAGAUUAUGGAUGAGUACAAUAACCCAGCUGGAAUGGGGAUUAAUGGAAAAGUGAUUCUGACUGUAACGACCACUGAUGGUGAUGAUGCGGAAGAUGUUCCUAUGUUUGAGAACAAGGCCAAGAUUAUAACAUAUGAUCUAAUUAAUGGGGAGACUCUUGUCACUGGCUUGGCACUUAUGGAGAAUAGUCCAGGGGUUGAUGGAACCGUGUAUAUACUCAAUUUCUGUCCGGUGUUUAAAGACACUAAAUCUCUGGCCACCGUAACUCAUUUUGACUUGCCCUUCAGGUUCUACAAUGAUGCAGAAAACCAGAAGGUUAUGGCUACAAUGAGUAAGAAGAAAGACCAGCUGGCUCGGUCUAUUGUAGUCUACAAAGAUAUUUUGGAGACCAACAAACAACUUGAAACUGAACUCAAGGGUCAAGUGCAAGAUGCAGUUAGUAAAGAGAAUCAGCUGAAACUGGAGAUCAAGAAAACUGGCAUAGAUGUUUCAAAAUUAACCGAUGUGACCUCAGUUAAGGAUGUAGUUGCUCGUAUGACUGCAGAUUUGGAAAGGCUACAGAAUCUGCCUCGUCGAGAAUGUACCAUGUCUGAUCCAUUCAAAGGCAGCCAGGACGUCCUAGGAAAGAUAGGACACCUGGCACUUGUGAAGGACGAUGAUGCAGCAAAGGUCAUUUCCUGGCAUCUUCUUGGUGACAUGGACUGUGUGGUUACUGUGACAACAGCUGCAGCAAAAAAAAUCUACGAUGAAACGCAAGGACGGCAACAAGUCAUGCCCUUAGAAACAAUUUUCUGGAAAGCAAAUAACAGGCCACUGCCCCACAUCAGGAAUGGUCAAAGUUUGUUCUUUCCAAUAGGAAACCCUGUGUUUGUAAAAGAUCUGCUCAUUUUUCCUGAGCAUGCUGAAAGCUGCAUCAAGGUCUUCACCAAUAUUCUCGGAGACACCAUAUUAGUAGACGAUUUGGAUUCUGCUAACCAUUACCGAAAAGGGGUUGUCCAGAGCAAGAUGCAGUGCCCUACUCUGCUGACAAGGCAAGGGGACCGUAUCCGUAGCAAUGGGAAGUUUGGUGGACUACAAAACAAAGCUCCAUCAAUAGAGAAGCUGAGAGGGCAGGUGUUUGGAGCACCAUUGCCUGAAGAAUAUCACACCUUAUUCAAGCAGAAGGAGCUGUUACUACAGUACUCUCAAGCAAUAGAGAAUACAUUAAAGGCAAAGACUGAUUAUAACUACCACCGGGAGCAUCUGCAGAGUCCUCAGAUGAUACAGAAGCAGCAGGAGCUCCAACAGCAAGAGAAGGAGCUCAAAGAAAUUGACAGGAAACUGAGCGCUGCCAGUACUCCUGUGCGCACUACUCCCGGUUCAAUAAAACGGAACCUUAAAGAUGAGUUUGAUGAGACCCUUCCGGCAAAAAGGAGUCGACGUAAAACCCGCAAACUACAGGAUCCUUAAAUGCCAUCAUCUCAGACCAGCAAGCAGAAUAAUAACAAAGUAAAUAGUUUAUAUUAUAUACUGCAACAUGGAUAAAUUUUAGAAAAAGAUAUGUAUGUUAUCGUGAAUUAUUUUCUACCAAAGAUUGAAGGGUUUUUUUUCUGUUUUCUGUCUUUAAUACCUGUUUUUAAAGUUUUGAUUACUUUUAUAAAUUGUAUAAACUAUUGCUACACAUUUUGUAUGCUAAAGGGCUUUUUUUGAUUUAAAUAGAAAAGGGAACUUAAGUUAUGGACCAUGUCCACAUUGACU